ACAACCUCGCCUAGACGACCAGCCCUCGACAACGCCCCCGACGCCCAACGACCGACAAGCUCCCACCGACCUUUUACGGAAACUCCAAACAAUCGCACAAAUGGCUGACGCUGACUACGACCCCGUUGCCGCUGAGGAGAAGAAGAAGGCCAGAACCUUCCGCAAGUUCUCCUACCGUGGUGUCGAGCUUGACCAGCUCCUCGACCUCUCCUCCGAGGAGCUCCGCGACCUCGUCCAUGCCCGUGCCCGCAGAAGGUUCAACCGUGGACUCAAGCGCAAGCCCAUGGGUCUGAUCAAGAAGCUCCGCAAGGCCAAGAAGGAGGCCAAGCCCAACGAGAAGCCCGACCUCGUCAAGACCCAUCUCCGUGACAUGAUCAUCGUCCCCGAGAUGAUCGGUUCCGUCAUCGGUAUCUACUCCGGAAAGGAGUUCAACCAGGUCGAGAUCAAGCCCGAGAUGGUCGGUCACUACUUGGCUGAGUUCUCUAUCUCAUACAAGCCUGUCAAGCACGGUCGUCCCGGUAUCGGAGCCACCCACUCUUCGCGUUUCAUCCCCCUCAAAUAAACGAUCUGGGAAUGUUGUUGCGGACGUGGCGUUGCGAUUGCUUUGGAAUAAAAUUUCUGGGUUCUCGUGGGACAAACAAAACUUGAUUUCUGGGAU